AUGGCCAGCAUUGCAACCUUGCGGCGCAUAUCUGCAAAGUCGCUCUCCGAAAAGAUUCUACAAGAAAUGGGGUCGCCGAACCCGAGCUACGCCAUUAUCGACGUUCGAGAUGACGAUUAUAUAGGCGGCCACAUCAAGGGCUGCACCAACAUUCCCAGCAUCCAGCUGGAUGCCAUGAUGCCGACCCUCGUUCGCAAGCUCAAGGACACCAAGACGGUGGUGUUUCACUGCGCACUGAGCCAGCAGCGGGGGCCGAGCGCGGCCCUCAAGUACGCUCGUGAGAGGGAGGCGUUGCUCAAGAGGCUGGGGGAGGAUGGGAGGAGCAACGUCGACCAGGAGGUGGUGGUGCUGGACAAGGGCUUCGUCGGGUGGCAGGACGUGUAUGGCGAGGAUGAGCGGUUGACGGAGGGCUACGUAAAAGAUGUCUGGGGCCACUACUGA